AUAUGCUCUUGUAUCAUCCAUAUAUGUGCAUUUAGAAAUCUAUAAAACAAAAUCAUUGGCGGUCACAGCGGUCACCAUGCGUUCCUAUUCAGAGACCAAGGCCAACGGCAAUCGUGAGAAGGAACAGCAACUAGUUUGUGUGACCGGUGCAGGAGGUUUUAUUGGUUCAUGGGUGGUGAAGGUGCUCCUCCUCCGUGGCUAUCGUGUUAGGGGAACUGCCAGAGAUCCUGCGGAUAACAAGAACUCCUACUUGCUUGACCUGGAGGGAGCAAAGGAGAGGCUAUCCGUGUGCCGCGCCGACCUCCUGGACCGUGACAACCUUAACGGGGUGUUUAGAGGAUGCAACGGCGUCUUUCAUAUCGCCUCCCCAAUGUUCAACACUGACCCCGAACUCAUGGUGGUCGCCGUGGAGGGAACGAGGAACGUGAUCCACGCAGCGGCAGACGCCGGCGUGCGGCGCGUGGUGUUCACCUCCUCCUACGGCGCUGUGCACAUGGACCCCAAUCGGAACCUCGACGCCGUGCUCGAUGAGACGUGCUGGAGCGACUACGAGUUCUGCAAGCAAACAGGCAAUAUGUACUGCUGCUCGAAGAUGAUGGCGGAGAUCACGGCGACGGAGGAGGCGGCCAAGAGAGGGCUGGAGCUGUCGGUGGUGGUGCCGUCCAUGACCAUCGGUCCCGCGCUUCAGCACAAGCUCAGGGUGGUGGUGCCGUCCACCGUCCACAUCAGCCGCUACCUCACGGGCGCCAAGAAGACCUGCCCUAACGUCGUCACCGCUUACGUCGACGUCCGCGACGUCGCCCGUGCCCACAUCCUUGUCUACGAGCGCCCCGAUGCACGCGGCCGAUACCUCUGCAUCUGCGACGUGCUGCACCGCGCCCACUUUCUCCAGCUGCUUCGAGACCUCUUCCCAUACUAUCCCAUUACCGACAAGUGUGAGGAUGACGGCAAGCCGAUGGUCAAGCCAUACAGGUUCUCCAACCAGAGGCUCAGGGACCUGGGGUUGGACUUCACUCCACUGAAGGAGAGUCUGCACGAGACGGUGUUAUCCCUGCAGCAGCAGGGUCACCUGGAUCUGCCUGUGGUUCCAGGGCCAGAGCGUGCACGCCUCUAAACCAACAUAUCUACAUGAUGGGAGAGCCAGUGAUCUACGAAUUAUCCUUAUGCAUUAAUACUGCAUUGGUGGAAUAUCAAUAACUUGUGUCCGUUUACGAUAAUGAUCCAAGAAUAUCUGAUAAGUUAUGUAUAUGUUGGUGUACUACUAGCUAGACCUGCAUUGUGCAGUUAAAAACAUGCAACUAGCAUGUGUCUCACACAGGUUUGUGGAAAUUAUAUAAACCCUAUGUAUUGUUGCCCCCUUCAAAAAUAAAAUACUAUUUAUUAAUAA